UGUGACUCCGCCCACACAUUCCUGUGUGUCUGGGCUGUGAGGAGGAGGAGGAGGAAAGAAAAGGGAAGAGUAGCUGUAGAAAGCUGCCUGUGGACGCUGGACCAGAGAAGAGAUGACAAACAACAACAACAACAACAACAAUAUUCACCUUCCAUCUGCCUGCUGCAGCUCUCUGACAUAACAUACAUUAAUCCCUCACAGUCUGAACCAACCGGAUCUUCCUCUGUUUGUUUCUCUUCUUCUUCUGCAACUUGUUGGGAACUUUUUGUUUUCUUUGCCGCAGUUGGAUGUUUGGAGUUUCCAGUCUGACUGCAUUACAACUCGCAGCCGCAUAAAGAAGAGCAAGAGGAGUGUGUGAAAGUGUGUGCGUGUGUGUGUGUGUGUGUGUGGAGGACAUCAUGGAGAUCCUGGACAGUAGUGAACCGUUUCUACACUGGGACCGGAACCUGAGCGAGCUGUCUGAGGCUGGGGAGAUCGACUGUGUGCUCUACACCAAUCACUUCUCCGAGCUCCUCGACGACCUGUCCCAGGAUGCUUUGCUGGGCCAGCUGCUCAGCGACCCCUUCCUGUCUGGGGUGAGAGGCGGAGUGGAAGCCAUGGAGGGCGAGGACGGGGGCGACCUGUCCCCGUCGUCCCCUCUGCCCCCGCACAUCACGGCCGAGCACAGCUACUCGCUCUGCGGGGACAGCCGGCCACAGUCGCCCCUGUCACACCUGACAGGAGAGCAGGGCAGCGACGCAGCAGAGUCUGACGGAGAUUCAGCCGACUGGCCCAUGGAGCAGGACGACGCCAUCGACAGCCUCCUGUGCGAGACUCCUUCCCUCCUCCCCACCCUCUCCCUCACUCUGGCCCCCAGCGAGGGGCCCCAGGUGCCUGAGAGCCCCGUUGUGGUUCCCCCUGCUGCUGCGGCUGUCACCGCCCCGGCUCAGACCACAGUCAGCAGCCACAACCAGGGCAAAGGCCUCAAGAUUAAAGAGGAGAACAUCAUCCCGCAGAUCAAACUGGAGCCUCAUGAGGUCGACCAGUUUCUCAAUCUUUCACCCAAAGGUCUGGAGUCACUUCAGAUGCCUCCCACUCCUCCCAGUUCCCACGGCAGCGACUCCGAGGGCAGCCAGAGCCCCGUCCACGCCCCGCCAGGCCUCUCCUGCCCCACCUCCCCCACCAGCCCUCCUCCAUCACAGGCCAGCCUGAAGGUGUCGCCUCGUGCUGCUUCCUCCCUGUCCAACUCCCCUCUGCUCACCGCUGCUCAUAAGCUGCAGGGGUCGGGCCCGUUGAUGCUGACCGAGGAGGAGCGCCGUACGCUGGUGGCCGAAGGUUACCCAGUCCCCACCAAACUGCCGCUCACCAAAGCUGAGGAGAAGGCGCUGAAGAAGAUCCGCAGGAAGAUCAAGAAUAAGAUUUCAGCUCAGGAGAGUCGCAGGAAGAAGAAAGAGUACAUGGACGCUCUGGAGAAGAAGGUGGAGACGUGCUCCAACGAAAACAACGAGCUGCGCCGGAAAGUGGAAACUCUGGAGUGCACAAACAAGUCCCUGUUACAGCAGCUGCAGUCUCUGCAGGCGGUGGUGGCCGGCAAAGUCCCCAAGUCCUGCAGGAUGGCAGGAACCCAGACGUCAUCAUGCCUAAUGGUGGUCGUGUUGUGUUUUGCUCUGUUUCUGGGGAGCUUCUACCCCAGCAGUUUGACGCCAUGCUCCACCAUCACUGAAACUGGCCUCACUUCCAAACAGCUGGCUGUCAAAGAGUCCUACACAACCACAGUGAGGUCAAGAAGUCUGUUAUCGACCUUUGAGGACGAGCAGCCACACCUCCUCGGCUUGGGCGGGGAAUACCCCGACCAAUGGGAGGACACGCCCGCCGUUGUCAUGGCAGCGUGGCGGCGCUCAGAGCAACAGAAGGCGGCGGAGGAAACAGAAAACAUGGUGGAAACACACCCACCUUUCAGGCGUAAAAGCAACGAUACGCAGACAUCAAACAACCUGCUGCUGGAUCUGCACAGGUCUCUGGAGCAGAGGACGAAUGAGAGCAGCAGUAAAGUGAUAGCGCUGGAGCGAACGGUCAACGAGACCUCCUGAGGUUCAUGACAACACCCCCCACCCCUCCAUCUCCCCCUCCCACCUCCACCCUCCACCUUUGACCUCCCCCCUGUAGAGCAUGGUUCAGUGUCCUGGAGCAAACCUCAUACAGUAGUUCCCACUGCUGAUUGUUCCAUCUCUGCUUCAUCAGAUACACUGUAGUAGUAAUAAUUAAUAAUAAUAAUAAUAAUAUUAAUAAUGAUAUUAAUAACAAAGAGGCACUGGUUGCUUUAAUUUCUGAAGUAAAGUUGCACUGAAUAAUUUUUACCUGAGUCAACUUAUCAGUAAUAUCUGUUGUCCUAAUCAACCCGGCUUGAAUCACGUUGAGAUCAAUUCAAAUAGAUGUAGUGAAUAAUGCAGUGUGGCAUUUAUUCCAGUAGAACGUAUAUGAAAAUAUGACAUGUGAGGCUCUUUACAGGACACUGACGCAGAACCUUUGUAUUUAUAGAAACCUUUUUUUGUUUGUUUUUCAUAAAGUUAUUGCUCUUUUUAGUUCUUUAAUAUUAAAUGUUUUUAUUCCAUUCCAUCGAGGCAUACAUCCCGUUUUGAUACUUGUUUGUGUUCAUAUUCUGUUUUGUGUUUUUUUUUUUUUUAUUUUGUUGUACUCUUUUAUAUAUUGUUAUAUAUUUUCUUCAGCUGACUUAGCAUUUCAAACAUGGAGGGCUUAGUUCGGGGUUCCUGCGCUAAUUUGGAAAUAGUUUAAAAGUUUUCAUUCCUUCAUGUUAAAAAGUUAAACAUUUGGGAUGUACAUAUAAUGAAUACCGACUUUACUUUUGGUCAAAAGCAUUUUAAGGGGCUAAAUUCUGUCAGGUUGUUGUGUACAGUCCAGCACCUUAAAUUGAAUAUAUGCAUCCCAUAAGGUUGUUUUUCCUGUAAGGCGUAGUUAGUCAUUAUAGGAAAUAUGCUGAUUUGCCUUUUUGGCUGAGAGUAAGAUAAGAUCGACACCACGCUUAAAUUUGUACAAUAAAUAUGAAGCUACAGCCACAAACCAGUUAUCUUAGCUUAGCAUAAUGACUGGAAACACAGGGAAACAGCUACAGUAGCAUGGCUCUGUUCAAGUAUAAAAAACACCACGUACACGAACCUUGUUUUCAAGGUGCUGGUAGACAGAUUUUGUUACCUCAAGGCUGACUUAUAGUUGUGUAGGCUCUACCCAGAGUCUACGCCGUAGCCUUUGCCAUCGUGACCAUUUACAGUUGUGCGCUGAUCUGUCUGUAAUGUUUGAUUCAACUACCACAUGUAAAACGCACAUAAAACGUGGUGAAAUAGUGACGAUAUUAAACAACAGUUGAAAACUCUGCUACAUUAUACCUCAAAAGGUUCACAGAUGAAACACUUGUCUUUUGCUAGACAUGUUUUCCCCACAUAUUCAACAUGCUAACGUUAUUAGCAUAAGCCUGUGACAUUUCCAGUUGCAUACUUUAGCCUAGCAGCUAGUAGUCAUUUCCACUUCUCAAAUGAAGCAGGGUAAAACAGCAACAUUUAACAAAGGUAAAUUCAGAUCCAAUAUAACUCACAAGGUUUAACGACAAAACAGUUGUCUUAUACUUGACACGUUUUCAUCACAUAUGCAACAUGCUAACAUUAUUAGCGUAAGCCUGUGACAUUUGCUGUUGCAUAUAUUAGCCUAGCAGCUAGCGGUCUUUUUCUCUACUCAAUUGAAGCCGUGAACAAAAGCAACAUUUAAUGAAGGUAACGUUAAAACAAGAUCCAUCUGAUCAUUAUAACUCACAAGGUUCAACAACAGAACAGUUGUCUUAUACUUGACAUUUUUCCCCCACAUAUACAACAUGCUAGCAGCUUAGCCUAGCAGGUAGCAGACGUUCUCUACUCAUAUGGAUAUGGGGCUGGGAUCAAUGACACAUAAGACUUAAAACAAUAUUUUUUUUAAUCUUUAUCUGUAAAAUAAAUGUUAAAAAAAAACUUAAUUUGCCUAUGCUGUCGGUACAGCUUAGCAGAAGUGUAAACCUCACUUUAGACAGAGCCAUGCUAGCUGUUUCCCUGUUUCCAGUGUGCUGAGCUAAGCUAACUCACUUCAUAAUUACCAUACAAACACGAGAGUGGUAUCGGUAACUAUUCCUUUAAGAGAAGUGUGAUGGAACCACAGUAUGAACUUUAUGCACUAACUUCAUUUGGCCUUUAAUUUUGCGAUGCUUUUGCCUUAAACACUCUUACUGUCAGCUCCCAGAGUCUUUAUCUGCUCUGAUCUCUCAGCAUUUGCCAAAAACCUUAUUCCCAUUAAUGGAAAAAAAAAUCUAUUUUUGUAAAUAUGAGUUGUUAAUAAAUAAGGAAGUCUAAAUGUGUCUGGGAUCUGUAGUUUAUAAACCAAUCCAUAAUUCAUUCAGUCUAUUUUGGAUGUGAUGUUGAUAAAUUAUGAAUGAGAGACGCUUUACGGUUUGCCCUGACAUUCUUUUGGGUUUAGUUUAAUUACAGAUGAUGGUUUAAAGUCUUAAUUGUCCUUUUCAAAGUGUAUUACAGAUGUUUUUCUGAGCUUUAUUGAAACAUGGUCUUUCAUGUGUGUUACAGUUUACUCUCUGUACAUCUAGCUGUUGUUAAAACUCGCUAUCAUCUUUUUAACAAUUGAACUAAAUUACACCCAGAAACAUAAGACAUUGUAUUUUCACCAGAGGAAUGAAUGAACAGAAGUAGAUCCCAGUCCUGUUUAAAGACAAGACAACAGUAUUUGUAUAUCUAGGUAUCAUGUUAAGCUUUGUAGUCAAAUCAGUGGCUAGAUCAUCAAAGAUAUUUUGUUAAAUCUGUAUGUUUUAGGCCAAAACAACAUUCCUCACUGCCGAGGGCAUUAGGAAACACAAGAUACUGAGUUUGUUUUGAUUUUUUAAAAGUGGAAAAUUCUCCUCUAGUUUAGACUGUAACCAGCAGUCAGUCUAAACUAGAUUUAAGUUUCAUGUUGCUCCUGUGUAAAGCCACUUGUGUCUUUUUUCUUUAAAUGUAUAUAGUAUUUUCCUUAGUAAAAGCGUAUUUUGCAAAGCA